UGACUUAAAUAGCUUAGAAGAGCGUGAGUGCUGUUCCCUGGGCUCCAGCACACUGCUGGCUCUGACAGCACGGCCCUGAUCCCAGCACUCAGAUGGGAGAGUUGUUCCCAUCCCACUGCUCCCCCAGCCCUGAAGCAGUGAGUAAUAAGUACAUGAAGGAAGCAUAAAGAGAAGAUGCAUUGCCUCAGUGGCUCUUCACUGUGCUGUAUGACUACGAGUCCUCUAUAAAUACAAUAUCCUUUGAGGUAAAGCUAGAAAUGGAAUUCUUGAAUGACUUGGAACUAAAAAGAGUCUUAAUUCCAGGCUUUCCUUUCUUUAACAAAGGAAAAGAAAUCUGCCUUAAACUGGAAGAAAAUGUUCUAGGACAGAUGCUGUGCUCUUGGUAUGUCACGGGCUCCCUAGGGAGAAAGCACAAUCGUGGUGGGAGUUGCAGAGGUCACCAGUAACUUGCAAAUGCUUCUUUCCUGUCAUCUUGUUUUCAUGGCUCCCAGAUAGUGAGGCUGUAAACAAUGUGCGUGCAUGGCUAGGGGAGGCUGCUUAAGGGGGUGUAGAAAUGAUGUGAUGUCAAAACCCUAGGAUUUAUGAAGGUGUUUUGUUUUUCUUACAGGAAAAAAAAUACUAAUACUUUGGGCUUUUUUUUUAAAAAAAAAAAACAAACAAAAAAAAACAGGCAAAUGAAAAAACAACUGUUCAUCUUGGGUUUUUUCUUAUAUCUGAUAUUAUAUCAUUCUUGAGUAAUUUUUCAGAAUGGCCCAGCAAGGCUCUGUAGUGAGUUCCUUUUUUUUUUUUUCUGGGUGAUCUCAUCAUUGGUAUUACUCACAGUGUCUGAAUGUCACUACAACCAGAACCCAAGGAUAUUAGAUUCAGAAAUGAAAAAAUAACUGCAUGCAAGAGAAAAAGAAACAUCUGAUAAAGCCUGUCUUCUCAUACGUAACUAAACUAAAACAGAAUCUUAGUGAGAUUUCAUCUUCACAGGAGAGAAUGACCUUGUAUUUCUUCUGUGCUGUAAUUCUACAGAUACCAGCAAUAAUGUUAAUUUUUCUAGCUUGGUGUAGAACAGUGCAAAGGUGCUGCCUGGGGGGUAAGGGGAAGAAGUAGGUAAUUGCAGCUAACAUUGAUAUCGUUGCUUUUCUGUUUCAGAAGGGAACAAAACGCUCGGAAGAUGUGUUUUUGGUUGUUAGAUCCCUCUGCACGUUGUUUCCCUUGAGCUGCUGUUUGUGAUCAGAUAAGAAAUUCGGCUUAUUUGCCUCUUCUGUGGAAGGAUAAAGACAAAAAUAAUACCGUUGCUACUGUGUGUAACAGUGUUGUCAUAGAGGAGUUUCAGACAUCUUUGUCUUCCUGGAUUUUGGAAAAGUGCCAGCUUGGCAAGCAGGAAGAACAAAAGGACAGGACUGAAAAUAUCUCGUCGGAGGCAGCCUCACCAUCACUGCACAUCAGGUUGGGACAGCAGCAAAAUUAGGCAAGCAGCCUGGCCCAGUUUUCUUCAUGCUUUUUUGUUAGGUGGUACGUAAUAGAAGAAUUUCCUACUUGCAAAGCCUGAAGAGUAGUAGAAGGUGCUUGUGGAUGACAGAAUAAGUCUCCUAAAGUGAAUAAAAUGAUUUAGAUUUUUUUUGCUGGACAGAAUUGCGUGGUUUAACUCAUACGAAUCACUGCUUGAAAAACUUCAAGUACAUAAUUAUCAAAAGACUUAAAAAUGCCACCCCGACCAUCAUCUGGUGAACUAUGGGGCAUCCACUUGAUGCCCCCAAGGAUCCUUGUGGAGUGUCUUCUCCCAAAUGGAAUGAUAGUGACUCUAGAAUGCCUCCGUGAGGCUACACUACUAACUAUCAAACAUGAACUUUUUAAAGAAGCAAGAAAAUACCCUCUCUAUCAGCUCCUUCAAGAUGAAUCUUCUUACAUUUUUGUAAGUGUUACACAAGAAGCAGAAAGAGAAGAAUUUUUUGAUGAAACACGGAGACUUUGUGACCUGCGGCUAUUUCAACCUUUCCUAAAAGUCAUUGAACCAGUAGGUAACAGAGAAGAAAAGAUCCUUAAUAGAGAAAUAGGUUUUGCUAUUGGCAUGCCCAUCUGCGAGUUUGACAUGGUGAAGGAUCCUGAAGUACAAGAUUUCAGAAGAAAUAUUCUUAAUGUUUGUAAAGAAGCAGUAGAUCUUCGAGAUGCCAAUGCUCCGCACAGUAGAGCCUUAUAUGUCUGUCCUCCAAAUGUAGAGUCUUCACCUGAGCUACCCAAACACAUAUACAAUAAACUAGAUAAAGGGCAAAUAAUAGUGGUGAUAUGGGUAAUAGUUUCACCUAACAAUGAUAAGCAGAAGUACACCUUAAAAAUCAAUCAUGACUGCGUGCCUGAGCAAGUUAUCGCUGAAGCAAUUAGGAAGAAAACACGAAGUAUGUUGCUGUCAUCUGAACAACUGAAGCUCUGCGUGUUGGAGUACCAGGGCAAGUAUAUUUUGAAAGUGUGCGGCUGUGAUGAAUACUUGCUAGAGAAAUAUCCUCUGAGCCAGUAUAAGUACAUAAGAAGUUGUAUAAUGCUUGGUCGCAUGCCCAAUCUGAUGCUGAUGGCUAAAGAAAGUCUAUAUACCCAGCUGCCACUGGAUACCUUUACAAUGCCGUCUUACUCCAGGCGUAUCUCUACAGCUACACCUUACAUGAAUGGAGAAGCUACAGCCAAAUCACUCUGGACUAUAAACAGUGCUCUCAGAAUAAGAAUCCUCUGUGCAACCUAUGUAAAUGUGAACAUUAGAGACAUUGACAAGAUCUACGUUAGAACAGGUAUCUACCAUGGAGGAGAACCUUUAUGUGACAAUGUGAAUACUCAGAGGGUACCUUGUUCUAAUCCCAGAUGGAAUGAAUGGCUGUUGUAUGACAUGUACAUUCCUGAUCUCCCACGUGCUGCUCGGCUCUGCCUUUCUAUCUGUUCUGUUAAAGGCCGGAAGGGUGCUAAAGAGGAGCACUGCCCUUUGGCUUGGGGAAAUAUAAACAUGUUUGACUACACAGACACUCUUGUAUCUGGGAAAAUGGCUUUGAAUCUUUGGGCAGUACCCCAUGGACUGGAGGAUUUGUUGAAUCCUAUUGGUGUUACUGGAUCAAAUCCGAAUAAGGAAACUCCAUGUUUAGAGCUGGAAUUUGAUUGGUUUAGCAAUCCUGUGAAGUUUCCAGAUAUGACAGUGAUUGAAGAGCAUGCCAAUUGGACGAUCUCACGUGAACUGGGCUUUAAUUACAGCUAUGCGGGACUGAGUAACAGGAUAGCUAGAGACAAUGAAUUAAGAGAAAGUGACAAGGAGCAACUGCGAGCCAUAUGUACACGAGAUCCUUUGUCUGAAAUCACUGAGCAAGAGAAGGACUUCCUCUGGAGCCACAGACACUACUGUGUAAAUACCCCGGAAAUUCUGCCCAAAUUACUUCUGUCUGUUAAAUGGAAUUCUAGAGAUGAAGUGGCUCAGAUGUACUGUUUGGUGAAAGAUUGGCCUCCAAUCAAGCCAGAGCAAGCAAUGGAGCUUUUGGAUUGUAAUUAUCCAGAUCCAAUGGUGCGAGCUUUUGCAGUUCGGUGUCUAGAGAAGUACUUAACAGAUGACAAGCUGUCUCAAUACUUAAUCCAGCUGGUACAGGUUCUGAAAUAUGAGCAGUACUUAGAUAAUCAACUCGUGAGAUUUUUACUCAAGAAGGCACUGACCAAUCAACGGAUAGGACACUUCUUCUUUUGGCAUUUAAAGUCUGAAAUGCACAAUAAAACUGUAAGUCAGAGGUUUGGUUUACUUCUGGAGUCCUAUUGUCGAGCAUGUGGAAUGUACCUAAAGCAUCUGAGCAGGCAGGUGGAGGCUAUGGAGAAGCUGAUUAACCUCACAGAUAUUCUCAAGCAGGAAAAGAAAGAUGAGACCCAGAAGGUGCAGAUGAAGUUUCUUGUUGAACAAAUGAGACGUCCAGAUUUUAUGGAUGCUUUACAAGGCUUUAUCUCUCCUCUUAAUCCUGCUCAUCAACUAGGAAAUCUUCGGCUUGAGGAGUGCAGAAUAAUGUCAUCUGCGAAAAGGCCCCUGUGGUUAAACUGGGAAAACCCAGAUAUUAUGUCUGAAUUGCUAUUUCAGAACAAUGAGAUAAUCUUUAAAAAUGGAGAUGACUUACGUCAAGACAUGCUGACACUUCAGAUAAUUAGAAUUAUGGAAAACAUCUGGCAAAACCAAGGUCUUGAUCUUCGGAUGUUGCCUUACGGUUGUUUGUCUAUUGGUGACUGUGUGGGACUCAUUGAGGUAGUGAGAAGUUCUCAUACAAUCAUGCAAAUUCAGUGUAAAGGAGGCUUAAAGGGAGCAUUGCAGUUCAACAGCCAUACCUUGCAUCAGUGGCUCAAGGACAAGAACAAAGGAGAAAUGUAUGAUGCAGCUAUUGACUUGUUUACACGUUCUUGUGCUGGCUACUGUGUUGCUACCUUUAUACUGGGCAUUGGUGAUCGUCACAACAGUAACAUCAUGGUGAAAGAUGAUGGACAACUGUUUCAUAUUGACUUUGGCCACUUCCUUGACCACAAGAAGAAGAAAUUUGGCUACAAAAGAGAGCGUGUGCCGUUUGUCUUAACACAGGACUUUUUAAUAGUGAUUAGUAAAGGAGCCCAAGAAUGUACCAAAACAAGGGAGUUUGAAAGGUUUCAAGAGAUGUGUUAUAAGGCUUAUCUAGCAAUUCGGCAGCAUGCCAAUCUGUUCAUAAAUCUCUUCUCCAUGAUGCUUGGCUCAGGAAUGCCAGAACUGCAGUCCUUUGACGAUAUUGCAUACAUUCGAAAGACCCUUGCAUUGGACAAAACUGAGCAGGAAGCUCUUGAGUACUUCAUGAAGCAAAUGAAUGAUGCUCACCAUGGUGGCUGGACAACAAAAAUGGACUGGAUCUUCCACACAAUAAAGCAACAUGCUUUGAACUGAAAUGAAAGUGAAGAAAAUGAGAACUAAUAACCCGCUUUGUGGGUACUACACUGUUAAUACCUGUUAGCAGCAAAGACUGGUUGCAUAGGAAUUGCACAAACCAUGAAUGAUAUUAGAACUUACGGCAAGAAAAAAGACGAACUGUUCAGACAACUGUUGAAAAACAAUGUAAAACAGGGUUUCAGAUAGCACUAAAAUUGUACACUUCAAAAAUUAAGCUUUAGUAUGAUGUGUGACUUCAUGUUAUGCCUUAAGCCCAAAAAGGUAAACUUGGGAAGAAUGUUUCCUUUUUUCAUUUGAUAGGAUAAAUUAGAAGGAAAAAGAAAAUAGUGCCAGCAUGAAUAUAGAGUCCAUCACAUAUUAUCUUAGGUCUGGUACAGCAGGUAGAGACUAUGCUGGAAUGAGAAGCAUUGAAAGAAAGUUCAAGUGGUAGUUAAUAUUUAAAUGCAGUGUAGUUUGAAGGGAAGGAGUUUAAGCUCAAAGAUCUAAAAAUAGUGAGAGGACAGUGCCUUUUAAAUGUGCUCAGAGGCAUUAACAUACAUGGGGUUUAGAUGAUCCUUUGAUUUCUGGGUCUGUCAUCUGCACAGUUUCAGAAAACAGUAGGAAAUAGGCCCAUUCAGUAUGGUGUUUCUUCUGCUCAGUGUUUCUAGGGGUGCAAUUCAUACCUUCACAAAGAAACUUUUCUUAUCAUCCCCCAAAACUGACUAACCUGGAAACCGAAUGGUCAGAAUUGGGUUUAGUGCAACAAAGAGUCGUAGUGUUCAUCUUAGGUUUGCUUUAAUCUAACUUGAACUGAAUAGAUUUUUUUCAUACAUGUUUUCCAAGAACCUAAAAAAAGGUGAGUUAUUAAAAUUAUUGAAAGAUUAUUUUUUUAUAAAGGCUAUUUAUAUAAUAGGAACUAUUAUUAAUAUAUAUUCUUUAUUUACAUGAUUUGUCCAAUAUUCACUCUUUUAAUUUUGCAGCCCAGUUCUAUCUGUCCAAGGCUCCCACUUCCCUUAAUGUUACUGAAGGUGACCAGUUAUAGGACCAAAUUCAACCCUGGUGAAAGAGGACACAAGUGCCAUUGAAAUGGUGGGGGAGACACCCACUAAUGCCAGAGGUGAACUUGGCCUAAGACUCUUUAAAAAUAAGUAAAAAUUGGGACAACACUCUUCACGCUACUGAAGUGAUACGCUGGCUAUUCAAGGAACGUAUGUUUAAACCCUCAGCUUUUGGGUCCAGCAUUUCUCCUCUUUCUUCCUCCGCUCUGGAAGUGGUUGUUUAAUCCAGUAGCUGAUACAUCAGAAAUAGCUGUUUAAAUUUUCAAUAUGAUCAAUAACAAGCAGUUCAACAUGCAGCAGAUAUGUUGGCUAGCUCAAAGCAUGUGGAGUUACCAAACAUCUUAUAGCUUUGUCUGUUUUGUGUGUGUGUAAUAUAUAUUUGUAAAUCUAGUUGUUGUCCUCCAACACAAUUAUGAUGUGUGCAAUCAGUUAAAUUGGCACCACUUUUUUGAAACUGUUCAGAGUAAAAAGGAUGUCAGAUUGCCCUCAUGUAGGACUGUUUUUCUAACUACUAAAAAGGUUGUUUCUUUUUUUUAAUUAGUGAAACCCAUGAUUCUGAGGGUGAUGUUUGCCCUAACAUUUUAAGCUUGCUAGAUUGGCAGCACUUGAAGUGAAUUCCAAAGGUCUGGGGCUUUCGGGGUUUCAACUCAUUCACUUCCAAACACACACCGAGGUGCCACUCAGAAAGUGCAAUACCACAUGUAAUAUAAAAUAUGCUGACAGCUGGUGUUAGAUUAGAAUAUAAGUAUAUAAAUAAACUGUACUUUGUGCAGGCUGUACUGAUGAGGUAAUGAGUGGUUGGCUUAAUUUAGCAAAUUGUAAUAUAUUUUAAAAAUGUGCAAUCAGUUUCAUUAUGAAAGACUUUGGGGAUUGUAAAGCCAGGAUUUUGGUUUUUGAAGAUCCUUUCAUAGUCAAGCUCUUGCAGUUAAUUACUGUACACAUAGAUAUUUGACAAUGUUGUGGGGGGAAAGGUGUCUUUGUGAAAACUACAGAAGUUCCAGGAGUAGUGUGGGAAAUGUGAAGUUUUUUCCUUAGUUCUACUAAAUUCUUUGGAGUAGUCCAACAGACUUCCCAUUAUUCUGUAUUGACUGUUACAUAUUCCUUUUGUUUUUUCAUAUGAAUAUUUUUACUUCUGCUAACCUUGGUCAUACUUUCUAGAGCAAAAUUACUUUUGUACAUAUUACUUUGCAGUCAACACUAAUGGUGUAGCUCUUUGAAAACAUGGCUUUGUUUCAAUGAGUUUAAACUGUUUUGUUUGCAAAAUCUGAAACCCUGUUGGCUAUAACUCUUAAUUUAACAGAGUAAAAUUGUUGCACAAAUGCCACAUUAGGUGCUACAUGAUCAUUAUUUAUCUAUUAAUGAAACAAUGUUUUACUUUUUUUAUAUAGGAGGAUGGUUGGACUUGUCCAACCAAGAUGGAAAGAUAACUCAAAUCUUUUGCAUCCUAUGAGCCCACCCUCUUUUGUACUUUACCCCUUCUUAACAAUAUACUUGUGUAAAUAUGGGUAUAAAUGUCUUUCAGUUCAAGCAUACAGUGUUUUGCACCCUUUUUGCACAAACAGAAAGGUAUGAGAAAUCAGGCUCUGUUUCCAAAACUUACUGCAACUAAAUGCUGUGCAUGAGCUGUAGAAGUUCAUACGGACAUCAAAUAAUAAAAGAAAGGAAACAUAGUGAUAUAGACAUACUGUGAUGCGGGGUAAUUAUAGUUGGUUUUAUUUUUUUAAUGGGGAAGAUCGUGGCGUUAAGCUAUUGUUCCUACUGUAACCAAGGUGGGCAUUUGGAAAACAUUCUGCUGGUGUUUCAGGGGGGAAAAAAGGGGUUUUCAGCUUUAAAGCAUUUAAUUCUAAUUACCUUACCUUGUUACACCACUUUUGUGAUAUAAAUUCUCUGAAGAUAAUGGAGUUACUAUUGACUUAGGUUGAUGUAAAUAGGGUGAUGUCAUCUAUUCUCAAUAUCAGAAAUAAGAUCUGCUUACUGACUGUGAAAGCACCUGUAACUGAGCACUAGAUUGUUUUGGAUUGCUUGGAAUUGGAACUCUUAUUUUCUUUAACUAUUCCAACUUCGUGGACAUUGGAAAAUGUUCCCUUUAUUCUGAGUAUCAAACGCACAAAGCACUAAGCAGCCUGUUUUGAGCUUGAGUUAAAUCUGAACACACUGCUCCUGCAAGACUUGGUAAGAAAACUGCUGGAGCAAGGAGCCCAGGGGUGGGCAGUGUAUGUUAUUGCAAAGCAUUAGGAAGAAAUUGGUGAAAUAUCACUUUAAAGACUAACCUCAUCAACUGUGAAGCUGGUCAUGUUUGAUUUAAUGACGGAUCAAGCAGGUUGCUGCUGAUUAGUUUUUUUAAUACAUUCUUUGCUUUCCUGGAGGUAGCUCAAAAAGCACCUCUGACUUGUGCACAACUUCUGUUCAAAAGGAGUGCAUUGGCAGGUUUUUUCAGACAUAAUUUCAGCAUAAAUUGGGGAGAAGGGGGAGAAGGCAUUUAAGUGUUUAAAUAAAACCAAAGUUGUCAGUGCUUUGGUAUCUUGUGGAGAAGAUAAGCCUACAUAUUAAAGACAAUUUAGAAUUUACUGAGCUCAUAGAGAACUCUGUAUGUGCUGACCCUGCUGCUGGUCUUCUGGAGGACUGGUUUGGUUUUUCAGCUUUCCUUUCCAUGUGAAAUGUUAAAAGCCCUUUAGGAAUCAGUAGCAUGUGUUUGUGGACAACUUGAAGGCAUCUUCUUUGUCAUUCUACAACUGGCAUGUUCCUUGUCAUUUAAUAAUGGCACGUUUCAGCACCUGUUCUAAAUGGUAAUUGUGAGUUCCUCCUGUUUUGCAUGUCUGUACAGGUUGCAGAUGUGGGCUGGGCCCAUUCAAAA